AUGAAUCCUGCGCGCUCGCCGCCACAAUAUCAAGCAAAACAAGCAACAACUACAGUUUCAUAUUAUGGAUCGGACUCGGCAAUCAAUGAAAUGACACAAGACUGUAACGAGAACAAAAUGUUCAUUAAUUCUAAGCGCCAAAAGCGCUCCCUAUUUCAGUCAACACCCUCGGAAUCAUCCUCGCAAAGUGGUACAGAAAUUAAAAGAUUAUUUGAUGAACUUAGAACUCAACAGGAGCAAAAGUUUGAAUCACUUAAUAGUGCCAUUAAUGUAGUUAUAACCCAAAACCAGGAAAUUGGAAAAACAAUGGAGUUUAUGUCAAAACAAUAUGAUGAUUUAUUGCUUAAGAUAACCAACCUCGAAAAAGAAAAUAUUAAUUAUAAAAAGAAGGUUGAACUUUUGGAAAACAAGAUUGAUAUGCUCGAAAAAAAUACACAUAAUUCAACUGUUGAAAUUCGUAACAUACCGUUGCAGAAAAAUGAAACUCGACAAAUAAUUUCUCAGAUUGUUAAAGAUAUCGGAUGUGCUGUUUCUUUAUCUACACCUAUACAAGACCUGGAGAUCCGUGACAUAUAUCGCACUAAAGCGGAAACCAUUGUUGUCGAUUUUUCAACCACACAAAGAAAGGAAAGUCUAAUGUUAAACCUAAAAAAAUUAAAUAAAUCCAAACGAAGCAACAAAGAACCAAUGUUAAAUACAUUAAACAUUAAAUUGUCAGGCCCGAACAAAACAAUUUAUAUAUCGGAAUACUUAACCCACAAAGCUAGGCGACUUUUCUUUCUCGCCAGGGAAAACGUUAAAAUGAAGAAGUUAGCUGCAGCCUGGUCCUCUUACGGAAAGAUUUAUGUUAAGAAGCAAGAAGAUCAGCCUCCAAAACGAAUUGAUACCGAAGAUGAUUUAAUAAUUGCUUCAAAGUGACUAAUUUUGCAAUACACUUUUAUUAAAAGUGACAGGUAA